UCGUACACUGUAAAUAAAUUGUCACACAAAAUAUAGCCCGACAGAUCUAUCAAAAUCGAAUUUUUGACUUGGAACUAUGACCGAGGCCGUCGAGUCCUUUGCCAAGCACAAGAUUGUUCCCGAUGUGGUACAGGUGGCGCCCAUGAAGCUGCUCAAGGUCACCUAUGCGGGCGGCCUGGACGUCAACAAUGGCAACGAGCUGACGCCCACCCAGGUGAAGGGCGCACCGCAGCUGGAGUGGUCGACAGAACCGGAUGCACUCUAUACGGUGCUGCUCACCGAUCCGGAUGCGCCCAGCCGCAAGGAGCCCAAGUUUCGGGAAUGGCAUCAUUGGCUGGUAGUCAAUGUGCCCGGCACACAGAUCGACAAAGGCGAUGUGCUCAGCGCCUAUGUGGGCUCCGGGCCGCCACAGGGCACCGGGCUGCAUCGCUAUGUCUUUCUGAUCUUCAAGCAGCCGCAGAAGCUGUCCUGCAAUGAGCCGCGCAUACCCAAGACGAGCGGCGACAAGCGCGGCAAAUUUAACACCAUCAAAUUUGCGUCCAAAUACCAGCUGGGCAAUCCCAUUGCUGGCAACUUCUACCAGGCACAGUGGGACAAUUAUGUGCCCAAGUUGUACAAACAGCUGUCGGGCAAAUGAUUUGCAAACAUUAUACGCACUUCUGUUUUUUUUUUGCUAAAUUAGCAAGUGCAUUCGUUAAUUACCAAUACAAAUUUGCGUGCAUUCAAA